GCCCUUCCCGGCCGCCUCACCCCCUCGUCUGACCCCGGGACAGCGGGGUGGGCUUUCUGCAGUCUCGUCCCUCCCCGUGCGGGGGGCCGCCACCUCACGGGAGACCCUGGAGGAAGAGGAGGAGGAGGCGGCCAAGGUGCAGGUCAUAACGGAAGAAAAUUUUAUGAAGAUUCUCUAAAUAUCCCUAAUCACAAUCGAAGCCAUGGUGAUCAUGUCAGAAUUUACCUCAGUCCCCAAUUCAAGUCAGACACAGCAAAGGCCCCUCAGGGUUGGAUUUUAUGAUAUUGAAAGAACCUUGGGAAAAGGAAAUUUUGCUGUGGUAAAACUAGCCAGGCAUAGAGUCACGAAAACCCAGGUUGCAAUAAAAAUUAUUGAUAAAGCAAGAUUAGAUCCAAGCAACUUGGAGAAAAUUUAUCGGGAGGUUCAGAUUAUGAAACUUUUAAACCAUCCUCAUAUUAUUAAGCUUUAUCAGGUGAUGGAAACAAAGGAUAUGCUUUACAUUGUCACCGAAUUUGCAAAAAAUGGAGAAAUGUUUGAUUAUUUAACCUCCAAUGGGCAUCUGAGUGAAAACGAAGCAAGAAAGAAAUUCUGGCAGAUUCUAUCAGCAGUGGAAUACUGUCACAGCCAUCAUAUAGUUCAUAGGGAUCUUAAAACGGAAAACCUUCUUUUAGAUGCCAGCAUGAAUAUCAAGCUAGCAGAUUUUGGAUUUGGGAAUUUCUAUAAAUCAGGAGAGCCCUUAUCUACAUGGUGUGGAAGUCCCCCAUAUGCUGCCCCAGAAGUUUUUGAAGGAAAGGAGUAUGAGGGGCCCCAUCUUGAUAUUUGGAGCCUUGGUGUUGUGUUAUAUGUCCUUGUCUGUGGCUCUCUCCCUUUUGAUGGGCCCAAUUUACCAACUUUAAGACAAAGAGUGUUGGAGGGCCGAUUCCGUAUUCCCUUCUACAUGUCCCAAGACUGUGAAACGUUAAUCCGCCGUAUGCUGGUUGUGGACCCUACCAAACGAAUAACCAUUGCCCAAAUAAAGCACCACAAGUGGAUGCAAGCAGACCCUUCCCUUCAGCAGAAUCCAUCCCUGUCCUUUUCCAUUCAGAACUACAGCUCUAACCUGGGAGACUACAAUGAACAGGUGUUAGGGAUUAUGCAGACACUUGGUAUCAACAGGCAGAGAACUGUGGAGUCAUUGCAAAAUAGUAGCUAUAACCACUUUGCUGCUAUCUAUUACCUCCUCCUGGAGCGACUCAAGGAAUAUCGCAACACUCAGCCAUCAAACUGCUCAGGGCUUGGAAGGCUGCAAAGGUCUAGGAGUUCUGACUUCAGCAAUUUUGAGAUACCUCAAGAAGGCCUCACUAGUGAUGCAUUCAGAUCCUCUUUGCUGUACCAGCAACCUCAAAACCUGACUCAGUCAAUGUUGCAGGAAGAAAUGGAUUUUGAUUUGAACAACCCACUACAACCACUGUUCUCCAUGGAGCCCAGCUUCAAUGGUUUGUUCCGAAACUGCUCCAUCUCUCCCAACAGCCUGCUGGAAACCACCAUUAGUGAGGAGGUUAGACAGGAUAAAGACUUUGAAGAGGAAAUCAAGGCUCAAAACCCCAUUCACCUCCCCAGCAACACCAGCAGGAGACAUACCCUUGCUGAGGUCACCACUCAUUUCUACCAGUGCACCCCUCCAUGUAUAGUCAUUUCUUCUUGUACUAGCCCAGCAGAGGGAACCAACUCGGACAGUUGCCUCACCUCUUCUUCCAACAAUGGGUCAGAAGGCCUAAGUAGCUGCCUCAAUGACCAAGUGUUGAUGGCUAACUCUGCCACUGUCAAAACGACCUCUCCUUUCCUUGUGGCACAGUCUGAUACCCCAGGCCUGAAGAUAGAGGGAUGUCUAGGAGGAGCUGCUUUGUUACCUGUCAGUUUUCAAGAAGGAAGGAGAGCUUCAGAUACCUCACUUACUCAAGGCUUGAAAGCUUUUAGACAGCAACUCCGAAAAAAUACUAGGACAAAAGGAUUUCUAGGACUGAACAAAAUUAAUGGCCUGGCUCGACAAGUAUGUCAGGCCUCCUCAGGUCGAGCAACAAGAGGAUGUCUGAACUCUUCUCAACACUAUCAGCCAAACACUUGCCUAUACAGUAGUGGAGGAAAAAACCGGGAAGGUGGGAACCUGCUAGAGGAGGUUCUUCAGCAGCAAAGAUUGUUGCAGUUACAGCAUAACACAUCAGCCCAUCUGAGCUGUCCUCAGGCUCCCCAACUGCCCUCAGCACAGUAUGUCAUUUCUACCUGUGAUGAAACCUACCAAACGCCCAAUUCUCUUCCGACUUCAGAACUACUGAACCCUCACCUCUUCAAGGCCAGUGUCUCCCCAGUGUCUUCAGCAGCCCAGCUCCUGGAUACUCACUUGUACAUCAAUAGCAACACCUCUCCAGUCACCACUUCUUUUUCCCAACAGCCCAAUUUUGCCAUAUGGUCUCCAAGCUAUGAUCCAGCAGUUUUGCAGCAGGGAGACUGUGAAAUGGAAGACCUUACCUCUACCCAGCUGAGGAAAUUUGUCCUGGUUCAAUGAGAGACCCCUGUUAUUUAAUCUUUUUUCCCUCCUUAGUCGACUUCUAUUGUCCAAUUGCAUGGGAUGACUGAUUCUUUGAAGCAAUAAUUUUAAAGUAUGUGAAGAAGAUUUCAGACUCAGCCAAUAACUUUAUAGAGUUGACAAAAGCAAUACAUCAUGUGUUUUCGCUUUAAUUUUUUUUUCUUGCACUGAAUAUAUAGAAAGACUGAAAACUUUUGAAGUAAAAAUAAUGCAAGGAAGAAUACUUUCUGGAUUGAUGGGAAAGGGAGGAAAGGUAGAUAAACUGUGGAUAAACUGGGGCCAAGAGAAUGUGGUAGGUACUACACUUGUCAGACAAUGCUGCUCUGCUGUUACGCAAAACUUCUAAGGCUGCUGGUAGUGCUAACAUAGAAAGGAGAAGGCAUUCAAAGAAAAAGAACCAAUUUCUCUCUUUUUCACAAUAUUCAUCAUGGGUUUGUGAAGAUUAUUACCUCUUAAAAGCAGUGGCAUGCAACGUUGAUGCAUUGAUAUAAGCAUUGCCAUUUGUGUGUGUGUGUGUGUUUAUAUAGGAAUUAUUUUUUUCUUAGUUAUUAACAAUUCCUCACUCCCUGAAACAUGUACCCUUUAGGUGAAAACUGUGAACUUUCUGCUUUAUAUUUUUUAAAGUUCUAACAGUGCAACAGCAGUUAAUCGUCACAGUUACUGGAAUUAUCUCCUCUAAGAUCAGGAUCUAAGUUGGAGGGGUUUUGUUUUUUCUUAUUUUAGAUAAGGAGUUUAAUGAAUUCUGCUCAGAAUUGAGUUUUGAAGCAUUUCUUUGGGGGGAAAGUGAGUUUCAUCAUACUUGAGGGAUAAUACAUAGGGUUUCUGUUUCUCUCACUUAAAAACUCACAGAAGUUAUUUUUUAAUAUACCUGAGAGAUAUUUCUUAGUGCUCUGCGUUUUAGUUUUGCUGCUAAUUAAGUUUUUAUUUUAUCAGGGUUCAAGUAGAACAACUUAUUUUGGGGGAAAUGUGCAAUAACCUGAGGUUAUGAGGUUAUACUGAGGAAAAAAAUAAGGAAAAUAGUAUAAAAAUCUUUUUGGAAAAGAAUUCAACUUUUUCUGAACAAAACCUAUCUUGAAAAGAAUUCUGUAAGAAACAGUACAACCUUAAGGUGUGUAAAUUUCUUUAUUUUUUUGUCUUAGGUAAAUUAAAUUAGGUCUUUUUUGGUCAGUUUUAAAAAAUUUAAAACUCAUAACAAAUACUGUAUGUAUAUAGACAGAAAACAUAUAUACACUACUUAUUUUUUAUAUUUUGUACUACAUUUUUGUGUUGUUGGUCUGUGUUUCCUUUCCUGAUACAUAAACAAAGCUCAUGUUAGCACCAGUUCAUUUUUAAAGAGAGGUGUCACGGGCAACCCUCAUAGUGUUAAGAGUCAGAGAAAGGUGAGUACUAAAUUUUUGUAGCAGGUAAUGUGCGAGAAGUAAGCCAAGUGGCUAAAAGCUAUCUUGAUUUUUAAAAAGAAAUUGCUGCUUCCAUCUAUCUCAUUGCUUGAAAUUCCCAUUUCUUUUUCUCAUCACAGGGUGUCUCUGUAAUUUUGGCUUUUUUGCAACCUGUGGUAUUAAACAGAAGUAAUACAAAUUUUGAAGCCAAAGAUUGAUCGGAUUAGUUGGUGGUAGGGAAAAAAGAUAGGUAUAGGAGAUUGUUAUCUCCAUCAUUCCAUAAUUGACCUCUCUUUAAUUAGUAAACAGUUCUGAAUAUUUGUGUUAUUUGAACUUGCUGCUGCUCCUCAAACAAAACUUCACUGUGAGGGGAAGCUGCUCUAGUUAACUCUUGCUGAUUGACCUGGUGCCUUGCAGCAGAGAAAACACCAAAGUCUCGUGCUGGGCUGUGAAUCAGUCCUUAGAGUGGGACAGAAAAGAGAGAAGCCAGCCAUUUCUGUUCCCUCCCCUCUCCCAGGGUAGCACCUUCCUUUUUACAAAGGUAGCAAACCAAUCUAAACAAAGUAGUAAUUUAACCAUUUAAAAAGAAUUUGUUCUGGGGGGGCAGCUAGGUGGCACAGUGGAUAAAGCACCGGCCCUGGAUUCAGGAGGACCUGAGUUCAAAUCCGGCCCUGGGCAAGUCACUUAACCCUCAUUGCCCUGCAAAAAAAAAAAGAAUUUGUUCUAAUGACUAGAUCAAAGGCUACAGAAAUGUUUUUGUUGUUGUUUGUUUCCUGUUCUAAGCAAUGAAGAGCACUUUAUUUUCAUGGUAUUGUUUCCCCUAUUGCUAUAGAACCUUUUGGAAAUUGUUUGGCUAAUAAAAAAAUCUGAAUUUUGCAAAUUUUCUUGACAGUGUUCUGCAGACUGCAAUGCAAUAGGAUAUUUAAAGACACUAUGUGAUCUGAUUAAGAUAUAUAAGCAUAUAUAUGUAUUACAUGUGUAAUAUAUAUAUAUAUAUACAUAUAUAGUGGAUCGUUGGUUUUUUUUUACCAUGACUGAAUCAAUUGUUUUAUUUCUUAUCUGAAAAUGAGAAAUGUAUGCCAAAAUAGUUAGUUGAUGUGUUUUUAUUUAACAUUGAAAUAAAUAUUUUGGGGGGGGGGAAUUCUACCUUUUUUUCCCCUUGUGAUUCUUUAGAACUUCUACAAAUGAUUUCUUCCUUAUCUGUGUAGACUUAUAAAUUAUGACAGAUGAAAAAUAUCUCUCAUUUGAUCUAACCCAUCCGUGUCGGCUUCUGUUAGAAUGUCUCAUAGCUCCAGUUUCAUGAGAAUUUUUCUUUUAAGAAAAAAAUAGGGCAGCUAGGUGGCGCAGUGGAUAAAGCACUGGCCCUGGAUUUAGGAGG